GUUCAGGUGUCGUUGCAUGGUGGGGGUGCGGAGACGGUGCGAGGAUGGGAGACAGCUUCUUGCACCAGGGGGACAUCGUCUCUCUCUAUGCGGAGGGGACUGUUUCAGGUUUUCUCAGUACUUUAGGGUUGGUAGAUGACAGAUGCGUGGUAUGUCCCGAAGCCGGUGACCUGACUGAUCCGCCCAAAAAGUUCCGAGAUUGCCUGUUUAGGAUAUGUCCUAUGAACCGUUACUCCGCCCAGAAGCAGUUCUGGAAUACAGCGAAACAGUCGGCAAACUCUAACACAGAUACCGGCCUGUUGAAGAGGUUACAUGUGAGUGCUUAUAGCUAAUCUGUCACCAGUUCGAUU